AUGUCGACGCCGACGAACCACCCAGCACGCCACCCGCCGCAAGCUCCCAAUGCCGCCGCUACGCCCUCGCAACAGCAGCACCUCGGCGCCUUCUCCUCGCCAGCCCCCCGCAGCGUACCCUCACCCGCCGCCCAGCGCAGCACCCAGCAAGCCGGCAAGUCGCCCUUCAACACCACCUCCGGCGCGUCGGGCUCCGCAAUGGCCGCAUCAGCCAGCCAGAACCACCCGAGCUCGAAGACACUGAUCGGCAGCUCGCCGGCCGCAGCAACAGGAGGAGGAGGCGGGGGCGGAGCCGGCAGCAGCGGCGCCGGCGCGAUAAGCUUCGACUCGCCGGGGGCGCUGAACAUUGGGCUGAACGCGUUGGCCGGGCUGGAGGGCGGGGUGGGCAUGGGCAUCAGCAUGAGCGGGAUGAGCGGGCUGGGCCUGGGCAUGGGGCUGACGAGCUCGAUGGGCGGCCGGCCCGACGACACGGAGCAGCGCAAGCGCCUGGAGGCCAUCAUCGCGACGCUGCGCGCGCGGCCCGGCCGCGUCUCCCGCGAGGGCAUGGAGCGCCUGGCGCGCCAGCUCGGCUUGUCCAGCGAGGUCAUGUCCGACACCUACUCGGUUGCUGGUGGCGCGGGUGAGCAGCAGCUGCUGCUCGCCCACACGAGCUUCAUGCUCGAUAUCACCUUCCGCGACGCUGCUGUUGCGGGUGUGACGCUGCAGUUUGGAGAGCUGUCGCAGGGCGUGCAGAAACAUGCUGCGUCGGCGGCGAAGGUGUUCAAGGCUGACUUGGAGCCGGGGCCCGGGGAGGCGAGCAUCAACCUUUCGCUGGAUCGGUUUGCGAAGAACUUGGAGAAGCUGGCGAGGCUGGAUCAUCUGAGCAUAUUUAAGGAUGCGAAGCCCGAGGUCAGCUGCUUUGAGGCUAUUGCCGGGGUUUAUAACAGCUUGCAGAAGCUGUUUGAACAUGAGAAGAAGGCUGCCAUGCAUCUUUUUGAUGUAUCAAAACCGCACGCGCAUGAGAAGGCAACGAGAGAGGUUCUUUGCAAGAAGAGCGGAAGGCCGAGGAUGAACGCCAACUCGGCAGUGGGAUUGUCUCUGGAGUACUGGAUGGAGAAGAGAUUGGUCUUUCAGAAACCAGACAAAAAAGAGAGCGGAGCUGAAGACACAAGCAUGGAUGUUGACGACGAAGGCGAUCAGUACGAUGAGAGCGCGAAUAGGAUAUUUUCGCUGACUAUCGAAUGCGAAUCCUCCCCCGCACAGCUCUAUCCAUCAAUGCGAGUCAGCGAUGCCUGGGUAUCGGAUGCGGUAGAAAAACCUUCUGAUCCAAAUGAUCUUUUCGGCUCGCCGGUCAUUGACUGGUUGGAUCCUCCUCCAACAUAUGCAGGCGGGUCAGAAGCAGCCCAGAACGAUCCCAUGGCACUGGAUGGUAAUAGCAUUGGCAAGCUUCCAAAUGUGCGCUUCGUGGCAAAGUUGAAUCCGCCAUUGGUGGUCCCUCUCAGCACGGCGCAGAACAUCCUCACCUCCGUCAAUGUCCAAAUGAAUCAGGAAUCGCUGAAAUGGUCGACUUCCCUAGAAGCAUUGGUAUUGAAGCCAGAUGAUGAGUCUACAUCAGGUCUCACUACGGAUAUUACAAAGGAGUAUCACAAUAUUCGGAAUGUGUUUGUGGUGGACAAGAACGGCAAAGAGCAGGACAGGCGGCACGAGGCAACGCUCUACGUGAACAAGGCCGAGGUUGCAUGUGUGUUGGACGAGAUACCCUUUGAUCACCCCCGGCAACUCGUGCAGAUACUCCCCGUCCUCCGCCAAUACGCCCACCUAACCUCUCUCCUCCAAUCCGCGCUCCAACCAUCCCAAUCGCCCGCCGACCAGCUUACCCAACACGGCGGAAACAUCCCCACCCCUCCACCCGAGAAAGCCGACGGUCACCAAUCCACCCUUCCCAUCAGCAUCGCCCUCGCCGGCAUCGACCCAUCCGGCGCCUCGUCCCCAAUCCUAACCGUUACCUACCCCCGCCCAUCAUCCUCCUCCGCCUCCGGCCAACCCACCAUCAACACUCCCAUCGAAUCCCUUGACGACCUCCUCGGCGGCCUCUCCUUCUCGCUGCCCGCGGAUGCCGCCGCUGCUGCUGGCACCGACGUCGACAUGGCCAUGAGCGGCACCGAGUCGGACCUCUUCGGCGAUGGCGGCUCGGCGUCGGACAAGAAGACGUCUCCGGCGUUGUUCGACCCGUCCGCGCCGCCGCCGACGAUCACGCUCGCGGCCAGCAUCUUGCCGAACGCGGACGUGACGAUUGCGGCGCAGGACUUGUUGCCGGAGCUGCAGCAUCAGGACGGUGGCGGUGACGCCGGGAAGACGGCGAAAGAAGAGGAGGUGGCUGGUGCGGAAGGUGAGGCGGGGGCGGCAGAGAAAAAGGCGAAGACGGAGGAGGAGAGGCGGAAGGAGCAGGAGGAAGAGGCGAGGCGGGUGCGGGUGUUGGGGCGGAUGGGGAGGGCGCUGGAGUUGUGUGGGGAUGUGGGGGUUUGGGUGGAGUGGGUGGGGGAUCGGAUUGGUGGUGGAGAGGAGGGAAGGUGA